AUGCCGGGAGGAGGAGGAGGAGUGGCGGCGGUCGUGGUGGUGGACGGCAAGGACGGGUACGUGGCGCCGGCGAGGGCCGCGCCGAGGAGCUUCCCGCCGAAGCUCCUCAGGCCGGUGCUCCUCUCCGCGGUGCUCGCCACGGGCUUCCUCGCCGCGGCCCUGCUCAUGUUCUUCGGCGGGGCCUCCUCCUACUACCGCCUCCCGCGGCUCGCCGUGCCGGACGCCCUGCUCCUGGCGCCGGCCUGCGACCAGAAAGACGGGGACCAGCAGGGCGGGGCGGCGGAGCGGUGGUGGGCGCGGCCGCCGGCGAGCAGCGCGUGGCACAACAUGAGCGAGGAGGAGCUGCUCUGGGCGGCGUCGUUCGAGCCCCGCGCGCAGCGCCGGCGGCCGCCCGGACGGCGGGGGACGACGCCCAAGGUGGCCUUCUUGUUCCUCACCCGCGGCCCGCUGCCGCUGGCGCCGCUGUGGGAGCGGUUCUUCAACGGCACCACCGGCACCGGCGCCGCGAAAGGAGGGAGGGAGCUCUUCUCCGUGUACGUGCACACCACGCCGGGCUACCGCCUCGACUUCCCGCCGUCGUCGCCGUUCCACCGCCGGCAGGUGCCCAGCAAGCCGACACGGUGGGGCAACGUGAAUGUCGUGGACGCGGAGCGGCGGCUGCUGGCGAACGCGCUCCUCGACUUCAACAACGAGCGCUUCGUGCUCGUCUCCGAGUCCUGCAUCCCGCUCUACCCGCUCCCGGUGGUGCAUGCCUACUUGACCAGCUCUCGGCACAGCUUCGUCGGCGCCUUUGACGACCCGAGCCCGCACGGCCGAGGCCGGUACCGUGCCGGGCUGGCCCCGGACGUGACUCUCUCCCAGUGGCGCAAGGGCGCGCAAUGGUUCGAGAUGGACCGGCGCCUCGCCGUGUUUGUGAUCGCCGACGAGCGUUACUACCCGCGGUUCCGGACUGAGUGCCGAGCGCCAUGCUAUGUGGACGAGCACUACCUUCCGACCGUGCUCUCCAUCAAGGCUCCGGAGCGCAUCGCCAACCGGAGCAUCACCUUGGUCGAUUGGUCCCGCGGCGGCGCGCACCCGGCCACCUUCGGCGCUGCCGACGUGACUGAGGACUUCCUGGGGAUGCUGGUGGGGAAGAAGGGGAAUGCUGAGAGGUGCAUGUACAACGGGCAGCUGGUCGAGGUGUGCUUCCUCUUUGCGAGGAAGUUCGCCCCCGCCGCUUUGCCGCAGCUGCUCAGCCUUUCCUCCAAGAUCUUCGGGUACUAG